UUCUUAUUUUGUUCUCCAUUUUGUUUACAAUAUGCAUAAAUCUAUCCGAGUCCUCGAGAUCACGCACAAUUGCAUAAUAAAAAAUUAUUCAUUGUCGAUUGAUCGAGCAUGGUGAUACAACACAACAACGAUGGAUGGAUCAGUUCAAUAUAUUACUUUAACCCUCUAUAACUAAUUAGAAUGUAAAUUAUUUAAGAGCACCGUUGGCAAACGUUUAAUAUUGUAUACAUAUAAAUGAUCGAUGUCAAUGUUAAUAAUUGCAUAUUUCAUUAAUAAGGAAAUCUUUCGUUGCAUUUUCGUCUGUUACAACAGUUCAAUAAUUAGUUUUACAAACAGUUUAAUAAUUGUAAAAUAAGAUCUAAAAAUACAAAAAAAGAAAGAGAAGAAAAAAGAAUACAAUACAGACACAUGAUCACAGUGCGUUAUAGAGGGUUAAAUAAAUCUUGAUAUUUUUGUGCGCUAAAAAAUAAUGGCGGUGUUGAAAUAACCUACAGUGUUAAAACGAAAAACUAUUUCGCUGAGAAAAUUUUGUACGAUACGCAUAUGUAUCUAUGUACAACCAACAACUAUAGACGCGUUCGAAGUAUAUAAUCGUUUCGUUAUGGCACUACUAUGAAUCAACCUCCUCCUCAGGAUCUAGACUUUCCUGGGAAGUUGAUGGCGCUGGAGGUAAGGUAUCCUCAGGAGGAGCGACGAAUGGUUCACCACCACCUUGUAGCAAAUAAUCCCUGUUGAGGAUUUUUUCACUGCAGGCAGCUGUUAACGCUUGAAUACUGGGAUGCAUCGGUGCUGGAUUAGCCGGAGGUCUUCCUGGUGUUGGCGCAGCUUCUUCUAAAUCACCCAAAUUACCAAGCGCCAUAGGAUAUUUGGCAAGAUGACCCAAAUCAUAGAGUAACCAUAAUAAUUCUUGUUGAAGUAACGCUACUUCGGCCGCAUCUGCUGUCGCGCUCAGACUAGGAUUUAUAGCAGAUACUAUUGUGGCAACUUCCAUAGCACGAGAACAUACAACUGCCUGACCAUUUACAUACAACCACGAUCGAGAAGCUACACCAGGUUCAACGGGUUGCCCACGUUUAUCCUCAUUUCCCUUCCCUAAUAUUCAAAGUAGCAUGCUUGAAUAAUUUGAUGUGGCAUUCUUUGAAUAACUUGUAACACACACACACACACACACACACCAAAACAAUGUAUCAAUUUCUUAUUCAGUUCUUUGAACUGAGCUCAAGGGUUAUUAGGGUGAAAUACUAUUAUGAUAAGACAAGAAAUCUUGCAAAAAAAGCAUAAAUAUAUUAUAACAAGCAUACCGUGCCAUGUAACCUCUGCAGUUUCAGAACCAUGCUCUCCGUAUACGACCCAUGCGUGGUCCUCUGACAUAGCAAGAUGCACAUCUUUAAACCCUAACACUUGACAACCAGCGACUACUGCAUAAGCAACUCCAAAACAAUCCAAUUUAUUUGCGGUAAGAUAACUGUAGAGGCUCUGUAGAUGAGCUCGAUCCUUGUAAUAGCUUCUCGUUAGUGAGUUCCAUAUAACAUCGGAGACUUUUUUGAUAAGCUCACGCGUAGCGUAUUUAGUGUCGUAAACCGUAAGAUCGACAGCUCCUUUAAUAACAGCGUGGAAUUUAGUAUAUAAUGCUUCGGCUAUAUGAUACUCGACGGCCGGCAAUUUAGGCUCGUCGUAAACAGUGCUCUCCUGCGACGUAAAUGUCCGGUUACAGGUUAGGGAAUUCUCAACAGCUCCGACGAGAAUCGAAAGUAGCGCGAGGUCCGGCUCCGAGUUAUUUUCCAGUUGAUUUUGGAAGAUCUGAACGAUCGAAGAGAUGCUCUGGAUCGGGAAGAGUGCUUUAUCCUCUUCUCGAAAACCCGCCAUGUCGUAACUGGCAGGCCUGUAGAGACACGGGAUCGUAGAUGUAUAACGCUUCAAAGCACGAGUGUCAUCUUGCUUUCAAAGGUUUCUUGACAGAAACUAUCCUUGAAUUCGACCUACCUUCUGAUCCCUUUUACCAUCGACCAACGGCACACGCUAAUCGCCUUUGAUUUUCUUGUUGUAAUACGAAAAUUUUCACAUUUCCGUACGAGAAAAACCGCAACACUAUAUUCUGGCGGCGCGCCGCCACUAGGAGUGUUUCCACUGUUUCUUCAAGAAACCGACCUUUGGUCGCGUUUUCUUGUAUAUAAUGCGCGAUUUAACCUUUACAUACCUUUUCCCCAAAAAUCACAAAAGUAUUUUCAACAUACAAUAUCUUUAUAACUUUCGUUCAUAUCCAAUUGGGGUCGUUCGUUAUUAAAACAAAAUAGAAUAUCCAAGGAGACUAACGAAUCAUAGUUAACAUUUAAGAUAUCGUUCUGAUCGCCGCUAUUGGAUAUAUAAUGCAUAUAGCGGAUUUGUAAUUAUUCCGAAAAAAUCGAGAAUUUUCUUUUAACAUUAUACACACCAUUCUCAUUUUUAAGAUAUAUUCGAAAUAUUUAGAAUCUUUUUUUGAUAUAUUUCGUAUUAAAUUUGUUUAAAAUACAACAGAGAGAUAUAUAUAUUUGAAAUCAAUACGUUGAUUUUAUUUUUCGCACGAUAUAAACGCGAUACAUAUAUUACUUGUAGAAUUAGUUAGGAUGAAACAACCUGUAGUCUUUGAAAAUAAGAAUUAAUAUUGAGAAUUUUCGUUUUUCGAUGAAGUUAAAUUAGUUAUUCUUUUUAUCAAAUAAUAUUACCGAUUUUUUUAAAUAAGUAUAAUAAUUUGUCAAAAGGAGCUGACUUUGUCGUCAAUUAUAAACCGAACUUUUUUCGGAAAUAUACACGUAAUUGGCUCGAUAUAUAAUAAAUAAAAAAAUAUGAUACGAACGAUACGGAAUACAAAUUGGCCACAAUAAAUAAUAAUUAAAGAGAACUAAUGUGAUAUAGAAAUUACGUCACAUUGUAAUGUAUAAGUAAAAGUGAAUGUGUCGAAAAUGUGACACGAUUAAGGUUAAGAAAGGAAUUUAUUUUGAAGCAUCUACUUCUUAAAUUGUUAAAUAUUCUUCACUUUUGUGUUCAUCGAAAUUACAGUUGGCCAUUAAUUUAACAAGUUUCGUUCGGAGUGAUACGAAUUAGAAAAAAAUAAAAAAGAAAAUGACAACCGUAAACAAGCCAUCAAAAGAACCGACACAAUCUGUAUGUGCACAGAUGGAAAGUUCGAUGACAGAUGGAAAUUCGAGAUGCGAAUCGCCGAAACGUGGUACAACACUUUCAACUAGUACCAGUAGUUUUGAAGCUCUUGAUCCUCAUGACCCAAAUCUAAGUCGUUUAGCUAAUACGAUGUUUCAAAAAACUGGCGAAUACUUGCAAGAAGAACUCACCGCUACUCACGCUGAUUAUCGACUACUGGAACGGUUAAAUAAAGAGACUAUCGCAAAGUAUACAGAAUUGAAGACAAUAUCGUCGAAUGUUUCAAUAUCAUUGGAUUCUUUAAAUGAAAAAUAUAAGAAUUUACGACCUAUAUUGGAAAAUAUUGAUCAAAUUGAUGAUAGUGUCAAUAAAUUGGAGCAAGCAGCUUAUAAGCUAGAAGCAUAUUCUAAGCGAUUAGAGGCAAAGUUUAAAGAUCUUGAAAAGGAUUUAAAAAAGAAUGAAAAUCUUCAUGUUCUUAAACAAUGUAUAGACAAUGUGACAAAAGGUAACGUUAUGACUGGAAACAAGCCUACUUUAUAAUCAAAUCUUUUUCUAAUAC